CGCAUCCGAUUAGGAGCCUUACGCGCGACUUCGCGACUUGCAUUUUCCAACCAUUUCAUCCUUUUGUUUGAGACGCAGCUUUUGUACCUGCAUACUGCUACUGCGAAAGUGAUGAUGAAGGUUUUAGCAGCCGUCGCCGCUUUGACUGCGCUUACACAAGCUAAUCUCGACGUCGUAACUCUCAACGUCAAUGGUGACAACUACAUUACCGAAGCCAGCGCUACGCUUGUGUUGGGGAAAGCGCCAAACCCCCAGGGCUCUGGAGAUGCGGCACUGUGGAGUGCCAUUAUGAUGGAGAACCAGGCAAGUUUCCUACAAGGAGUCACGCAAAACUCUGCCCAGAGCUACUGGUGCACCUCCAUACUCCCUACCCAAUGGUGCAACUUUGCGUACACGUUGGUCGGUUCGCAAGCCACCGUCGGCAAACCCGCAGUCGCGUCUCCCGGCUCAAAGAUCAGGACGAGCUACAAGCUGAACUCGAGCACUAAACUAUGGGACCAGAAUGUGUAUAUUGAUGGAAACCUCGUGUCUACUGUUAACACUAGUAAGGGACAGCAUGGAAAGAUCUUCUACAUCUCACUUGAAUGUGCUUCGGGUACCUGCGCUGCCGUUGGAGCUCACAGCUGGGAGAAUGUCACUAUCAUACUGGAUAAGGCAGAUCUGAAAUUCAAGCACUCCGGUAGCUGGCAAUAUGGUGCGAUCGGUGGUGAGAUGACCACGCCUGACAACGGCAAGACCUGGAAGCUCAGCACUCUAUCGAUCCCACAGACUAUUCCCCAAUAGAGAACGAUACAUGUUCUUGUUCAAAGUGGCCAAGACGUCCUACACUAGACGUCUAUCCUAGGGCGGCAUCGACACCCAGCCCUAGGUUUCGAAAGAACCCUAUAUGUAUCAGAACUAC